AUGGCACUGUUUCGGAUGCUGUGGAUCGUGGUUUCGAGCUUGUGGGUGAGUGCAGAGGAUGCCCAGCCGUGCCCCAAGGGCUACUUCUGUCCUGCGGAGAGUCGUCAGCCGGUUCUGUGCCCAGCGCAGCACUACUGCCCGGCAGGCAGCACGGAGCCUUUGCCCUGUCCGUCUGGGAACGUCUGCAAGGGCCAGGAAGUGGAGGCCUUGGUAAACGGAACCUGGGGAGACCUGGUGCCUCUGGCUGCAGGGGCUUACCACACAGUGGUUGUUGCCAAGUCGGGCCAAAUCUGGGCAGCAGGCGGAAACGACGACGGCCAGCUAGGCACCGGCAACACCGUGGGCCAACAUGCCUUGGUCCAUGUAGCAUUUGAUGGGAAGAAAAUCGUGGCCGUGGCUACUGGAGAUUCGCACUCCGCUGCAAUCACGGAAUCUGGCGAGCUGUGGACCUGGGGCUUCAAUGGUGAUGGCGAGCUUGGCGUUGGGGACACCACGAGUCGCCAUGCCCCGGUCUGCGUGAGCGUGAACGGCCAGAAGAUCGUGGCCGUGGCUGCAGGAGGAGGAUACACCGCUGCGAUCACGGAAUCUGGCGAGCUGUGGACCUGGGGCUGCAAUGACGAUGGCCAGCUUGGCGUUGGCGACACCAAGGAUCGCGCUGCCCCGGUCAAGGUGAGCGUGAACGGCCAGAAGGUCGUGGCCGUGGCUGCUGGAUAUUGGCACACCGCUGUGAUCACGGAAUCUGGCGAGCUGUGGACCUGGGGCUGCAAUGACGAUGGCCAGCUUGGCGUUGGCGACACCAAGGAUCGCGCUGCCCCGGUCAAGGUGAGCGUGAACGGCCAGAAGGUCGUGGCCGUGGCUGCUGGAUAUUGGCACACCGCUGUGAUCACGGAAUCUGGCGAGCUGUGGACCUGGGGCUACAAUGGUGAUGGCGAGCUUGGCGUUGGGGACACCACGAGUCGCCAUGCCCCGGUCUGCGUGAGCGUGAACGGCCAGAAGAUCGUGGCCGUUGCUGCAGGAGGAGGAUACACCGCUGCGAUCACGGAAUCUGGCGAGCUGUGGACCUGGGGCUGCAAUGACGAUGGCCAGCUUGGCGUUGGCGACACCAAGGAUCGCGCUGCCCCGGUCAAGGUGAGCGUGAACGGCCAGAAGGUCGUGGCCGUGGCUGCUGGAUAUUGGCACACCGCUGUGAUCACGGAAUCUGGCGAGCUGUGGACCUGGGGCUACAAUGGUGAUGGCGAGCUUGGCGUUGGGGACACUACGAGUCGCCAUGCCCCGGUGAAGACAGCAUUGAGGGGGAAGAUCGGCAAGCUGCAUGACCCUCUGUGCUGGUCCAUUCAGGGUUGGGAGCCGAGUGCGCUUGGCGAGGCCUUCCUGGCUGCAACGUGGGGCUCGCAGAUUCCCGUUCCCCGUCAGUGCAGCGCAUUGCAAGACCGGCUUGCUGCUUUCCUGCAGAAGUGCCGCGUGCAGGUGCGCAGCAAUGCCCAGCGGGUUUCUUUUGCAGCUCGGCCGCAAGCCUUCCCGUGUGGGACUGUCGUGCACGAGACGAUCGUGCCCGAUGAACAUAACGAACCGAGGCACCCAGGGAUCGGUGACACCGACGCCGUGCAAAGCUGGGCUGUGGUGCCCGCCCGGGAGCACCGGGAGGUCGUUGGCAUGCUCACUCAUUGUGAUGAUUUGCUAUACUUGUUAAUCUUCCCGCAAUCCUGCACCCUCAAGCUCCGAAGCAUCUUGGUAGCUCUUUUGCGGCCGAACCGUGAGUUCGGCAUCGCCCCAUCAAUUCAGAGCGCAGCUGGCGAAGCCGCGUCUCCUGGCGACAGUCGCGGUAUCCAGUCGCGUGUCAACAAGACGGAGGCGGAGAGAGCGGGAGGUGGCAGGGACACUGCCUGGGACUUCCGUGGUACGGAUUCCCUGGACAUUUGGUAUGGCUUAGUCAUCGUCUCUGCCCUGGCUGCUGGCUCCGUUAGUGUUUUCGUUGGCAUCUUUGGGUGGAGUGGCUGUAGCAGCCCGGUGACCCAGUACGACCAUCGUGGGCGGAGAGUGCUAAAGAUUCGCUCCCCCAAUAUCUCCAUCCACGACGUGUCCGUCCGCCAUUUUGGCCUCCGUGUGGAGGUGGAUCUUGGCCACAGGGGUGCAAAGCCCCUGCAAACCCGACUUCGCUCGUCGUUGGCGGCCUUCGAGUUCCGACAAGACGAGACGGUGAUGGAGGACGGCUUCCUUUACCUGCACUUUGCUGAAUCUGCGGAGCGCAGGUACGAGUUCCCAGCUCCGGACGGAGGGAGCUGGGAUGCCAGUGAAGGCACAGAGAACAGCUUCGAGUACGUGGCUCUGGGUGAGGAGGAAUUGAACGGAGCAAGUGUGUAG